AUGGCAAAUACAGAUGAUAACAAGUACUCGGGAUUCGUGGAAAAGGUCAAACAAUUGAAAUCUUACUACGAUGAAGGGGGAAUACAAGGACUAGCAGAACACUUUCAGACAAAUUUGAACGAAUGGAAAGAUGUCCACAUCAAAAUGGCCGUGACAGGUAGAUCUGGAGCCGGAAAGUCUUCUUUUAUCAAUGCUAUAAGGGGUGUAAAUGCUGAUGAUAUUGAGCACAAUCCAGCUAAAGUAGGUGUUACAGAAUGCACUCAUGAGGUUCAAGAAUACAUUUACCCUGGUAAUAACCACUUCCGUUUAUACGAUUUGCCAGGAGUGGGCACUGAAAGGUUUCCACAAGAAACCUAUCUUAAGGACGUUGACUUCGAAACGUACGACUUGUUUAUAAUCAUUACAGCUUCAAGAUUUAUGAAAGAAGAUCUCUGGCUGGCACAACAGGCGGCCGAAUGUCAUAGACCGUUUUAUUUUGUACGUACUAAGAUAGAAAGCGAUGUUCAAAAUGACAAGCAAGCCCAUCCGAAAACACAUAAUGAAGCUGCUCUGUUGAAAGAAGUAAGAAAAGAUAUGGAGUCAAACUUACAAAGAUUUGACGUGAAGGAUAUAUAUCUUAUCGACAACUUCAAAAAACAAUCAUAUGACUUUGGACUUUUAACCACAAAACUAAUUCAAGAUGCUAUUGAGAUGAAACAAGAAGCUUUAGUUUUUUCUCUGGCAUGCCUCUCAAGGGAAGUUAUUAAAAAGAAGAAGAAACGUCUUGAACAAAGAAUCCCAAUGAUAUCUUCCUUUGCUGGAAUGAUCGCUAGUGUGGAAAAUAGUUCGUUAAAGAAGGCCUCGGAUUCAAGUGUUGUUUCAGGAGAGAUAAAAUUUUACGGCGAACAGUUCAGAGUCGAUACAGCAUCCUUAAAAGUCGGAGGUGAAGUGUGUGAUCUUUCUGAAGACGAUAAAGAAGAUGUUGACGCCAAGAUGUACUCUCAUGAUAAAACUAUGUAUGAAAGCCUGAAGCAGUCGCUGUUUCAUCUGACAAAUUACAUACCUGUAGUUGGCAACAUUGCGCUUGGCAUUAAAUGUGCAUCUUACUUACAAAAAUGUCUUGAUGAAACUGCUGAACGAGCAAUAGAAAUACAUGGGAUAAUGACAAAAAGUUUAGCAAAGAAAAGCAUGACAUAG